AUGGCUAAUUUAACUACAGAUGGAAAGCUGUGCAUAGAACGAGAAAUAGAUGUUCAAGUAAUUGACAACGAUGAAACUGAAAUUACAUCCCGAUACUUGAUUGCAGACACUUGUAACUGGAUAAAUUCAAACAAAUACACCAAGGUAUGUUUACAAUUUCCAGACGAGUUGUUGGGCAUAAGUUCCAAAGUAUAUGAGGAAUUGAAAAAGGGGACAGAAGCAGAUCUCUAUAUUCUAGGUGAUACUUCCUAUGCCAGUUGCUGUGCUGACGUUGUUGCUUCCAUGCAUGUCCAAAGUAAUGCCAUAGUACAUUAUGGGCAUACAUGCUUCAGUAAAACCAACAUUCCAGUAUAUAUAGUACUGAAUCAAAAGUCAUUAGAUAUUGACAUUACAAUGAAAAUAUUAAGAGAAAAUUUGACAGACUUUAAUCUUCAAAAAUUAUGCUUAUUGUAUGAUUGUGAAUUUAAUCAUCUAAAAGAUGAACUAACUGAGAAGUGGUUCCAACAAUAUCCCAAUAGCUAUAUUGCAUCUAUAUCUUUUAAAGAAAGCAUAAAUAGAUUCUUUGGCAGAAUAGUUAAAAAUGUAUCCAGUGAAGAAUAUUCUAGUGAAAUUCUUAAAGACUGUGUUUGUAUAUAUGUUGGUUCAAGAGGACAAACUUUCUUUAAUUUUACAGUAUCAGUAGAAGCUGAGAAAUGGUACUUAUUGGAUCCUGCAUCAAAUCAAUUAGAUGUCAUACAAGAAACUAUUUGGUUUAAACGCAGGAGGUUUUUGAUAGAAAAGUGUAAAGAUGCAAAUGUUGUUGGUAUUCUUGUAUGUAAACUGGCUGGGGAUCAGACAAAACAAAUUAUUAGUAGAAUGAAGCAAUUAUGCAAGGCCAAUGGUAAAAAAUGUUAUGUUGUAUCAGUUGGCAAACCAAAUGUGGCAAAACUGGCUAAUUUUCCAGAGAUUGAUAUUUAUGUUAUGAUUGCAUGUCCUGAAAACGAUUUAUAUGAUAGCAGAGACUUUUAUCAGGCAUUAGUUUAUCCAUAUGAAUUAGAAGUAGCUCUUAACACCAACAGAGAUUUCUACUUUACCUCUCAUAUUACUAAUUAUGAAGAGUUACUACCAGGAAACAAACAUUAUAAAGAUAUCAAUGAUAUUUGUGAUAGCACUGAUGUUAGUUUAAUAACUGGAAAAAUCAGGGAAACUAAAGUUACAGCAGCAAGUUCUAGUACAGAUUUGGUGGAAAAACAGAAUUGGCAGUUGGAAAAUAUUGGGCAAAGCCUUAGCAAAAGGUCAUGGAAAGGAUUAGAACAGAAACUUGGGGAAUCUAAUGUAAAACAAGUAGAAGAGGGGAGAAAAGGAAUUCCUUUACAGUACUUAAAUGAACCGGAGUGA